CCUUUGAGGAUGGGUUUGCCAAUGGUGAUGAGUUGACCCCAGCCGAGGAAGCUGCAGCAAAAGAAGCCUUGGACUCUAAAGGAGUUGUCAAAUUUGGAUGGAUUAAAGGAGUGCUGGUCCGCUGCAUGUUGAACAUAUGGGGUGUGAUGCUCUUUAUUCGAAUGUCCUGGAUUGUGGGUGAGGCUGGAAUUGCUUUGUCCUGCUUAAUUGUUGCCAUGGCUACUGUUGUUACAACGAUCACUGGUCUCUCCACUUCUGCCAUUGCAACCAACGGAUUUGUUCGAGGAGGCGGAGCAUACUACUUGAUCUCAAGAAGUUUGGGGCCAGAGUUUGGAGGCUCUAUUGGUCUAAUCUUUGCCUUCGCCAAUGCAGUGGCAGUGGCUAUGUAUGUGGUGGGCUUUGCCGAAACUGUCGUGGAACUUCUUGCUGGUGCCGAUGCCCUCAUGACAGAUGAACUCAAUGAUAUUCGAAUUAUUGGCACCAUCACAGUAAUCCUUCUCCUGGGCAUAUCUGUUGCAGGAAUGGAGUGGGAAGCAAAGGCACAGAUCUUCUUGCUCUUUGUACUCAUCACUGCAAUUAUCAACUACUUCAUUGGAACCUUCAUCCCUGUAAAGUCGAAGGAAUCUGUGGGCUUCUUUGGCUAUGAUGGUUCUAUCAUGUGGGAAAACAUGGGUCCUAACUUCAGGGGGGAGACAUUCUUUUCUGUCUUUGCAAUCUUCUUCCCUGCCGCUACUGGUAUUUUGGCUGGGGCCAACAUUUCUGGAGACCUUGCUGACCCACAGCUUGCCAUUCCCAAAGGAACACUCCUCGCCAUAUUGAUCACAGGGAUAGUUUAUCUGGGAGUUGCUGUCUCUACAGGUUCCUGUAUUGUGAGAGAUGCCAGUGGAAAUAUGAAUGACACCGUCAGUUCUCAGUUCAUGGCAAACUGCACUGAUGCGUCUUGCAAAUUUGGCUUUGACUUCUCUGCCUGUAAGAGUGACAAAGAUGGCUGUCGCUAUGGGCUCCAAAAUGAUUUCCAGGUUAUGAGCAUGGUUUCUGGAUUUGGGCCCAUCAUCACUGCUGGAAUUUUCUCUGCCACUCUUUCCUCGGCUUUGGCAUCUUUGGUCAGCGCACCUAAAGUGUUUCAGGCUUUAUGCAAAGACAACAUCUACCCCAGCCUGACCUUGUUUGCCAAAGGUUAUGGCAAGAACAAUGAGCCUUUAAGAGGCUACAUCCUGACCUUUGUGAUCGCUCUUGCCUUCAUCCUCAUUGCGGAACUAAACAUCAUCGCCCCCAUUAUCUCUAACUUUUUUUUGGCCUCCUAUGCCUUGAUCAACUUUUCCGUGUUCCAUGCUUCAUUGGCUAACUCACCAGGAUGGCGCCCCAGCUUCAAGUAUUACAACAUGUGGGUUUCUCUUGCUGGAGCUGUACUGUGCUGUGUGGUAAUGUUUGUCAUCAACUGGUGGGCUGCUCUUUUCACCAACGUCAUUGUCCUUGGUCUCUACAUUUACGUCAGCUAUAAAAAGCCAGAUGUGAACUGGGGCUCGUCCACCCAGGCUCUGACCUACCACCAAGCUCUGACCCACACUUUGCACCUCAGCGGAGUGGAAGACCACAUUAAGAAUUUCAGACCCCAGUGUCUGGUGAUGACCGGUUACCCCAACUCCCGUCCAGCUCUGCUGGACCUGGUUCACAGCUUUACGAAGAACGUGGGUCUGAUGAUCUGUGGUCAUGUUCGCACGGGUUACAGAAGGCCUAACUUCAAAGAUCUUGCAACAGAGCAAUCACGGUAUCAGCGGUGGCUGCUGAAGAAUGAAACAAAGGCUUUCUAUACACCAGUGUUUGCAGACGACAUGAGGCAGGGUAGCCAGUUCCUGCUUCAGGCUGCAGGUUUGGGUCGUCUCAGGCCUAAUACACUAGUGAUGGGCUUCAAGAAUGAUUGGAGAGAUGGUGACAUGAUGAAUGUGGAGAUGUACAUGAGCAUAAUCCAUGAUGCAUUUGACUUCCAGUAUGGCGCUGUUAUCCUCCGAUUGAAAGAGGGAUUGGAUGUUUCACAUAUACAUGGACAAGACGAUUUGCUGUCCUCCCAAGAAAAGUCAUCUGGAUUGAAAGAUGUGAUUGUCUCUAUUGACACGAGCAAGGACUCUGACGGAGAUUCAUCGAAGCCUUCCUCCAAAGCCACAAGCCUCCAGAACAGUCCGGCGACACAGAAAGAUAAGAAGAGCAUGACAGUACCGCUGAAUGUGUGCGACCAGAGACUGCUGGAGGCCAGCCAGCAGUUCCAGAAGAAGCAAGGGAAGGGCACUGUUGAUGUAUGGUGGCUGUUUGAUGAUGGAGGUUUGACUCUGCUCAUCCCCUAUCUGUUAACCAACAAAAAGCGAUGGAAGGAUUGCAAGAUUCGUGUUUUCAUUGGAGGCAAGAUCAACAGAAUAGACCAUGACCGCAGAGCGUAAGUACUCAAAGGUUUUUUCAUCAUGUUAAAGGGACCUGCACUUUUUUGGGGAAUUUUGCUUAUUUUUCCACAGUCAUUAUGGGAGACAAAAAGACAAAAGUUUUUUGUUUUCUUUUGCAUUCUAACAUAUGAAAAUCGGCUCGUUCUAGGUGUCUAGCAAUACAGCUAAUGGUGGCAAUCAUUUCUACCUCAAAAUCACUUUAAAAAUGCAUUCAAAAACCGUCAACGAUACUUCAUUUACGUUAUUGUAAGAGCGAACACUGAGAAACUCUUUUUCUGUCAUAGUAACACAUCGGCGCUGUUCAGUAUUUGCGGUAAAAGCUAACUACGACAAGAGAUAAGCUAGCUUCUAUGUCAUUACGAAACACGUUUGAGUUUAUACUGCACAACACAGUGCGAUAAGACACCAAUCUGUACUGACUGAAAAACAUGAGCAAUCAUAUUGCAG